ACAGCAGGGGGCAGCAGAGCAUUCUGGGAAAUGUAUCUUCUGUAAAUUCUCCCCUGAGCGGAGACUCACAGGCACAAUUAUUCAUCACAACAUGCGGGUACACAACCGCUUAUAAUGACGUCAUAUGUUUACAUGUACACAACAAAUAUUUACAAGGGUUUUUUUUCAAAGACCGUAUUGAGUCCUGACAGUCCGCACUCAGGGCUGCAAACAACGUGACGGUGACGUCAGUCAACGAGGCGAAACGCAGGGAGGCGGGAGUCUGGCGUCACGUAGAACUGCAUUUCCCAUGAUCCCCCACGCUGCUGCUGUGUUGAUCUGCAGCUUCAGUGAGCUGUUUACUGAGCUGCGGACCUGAAGGAGGACAGGCAGUCUGUCCUCGCGGACUCGUAGACAGGUGAGACAGACGGACAGAGUUCAGGAGUUUCCUGUCAGGUAAAAGGUCAGAGGUCACAGCUCCAUGUUGUCUGAUAGAAGAUGAGAGACCAUGACUCUGGACGGAGUGAGCCUCGGCCCUCCUGCUGCCGUGCUCUGCCGGGGUCAGAGGUCAAACCCUCCCAGGAUGUCACGGCUCAGGGUGCAUUGUGUGUGUGUGCGGACAGAUCGGCUGGUUGCCACGGUGAAGAGCUGGCGGAGGGCGGAGCUAAAGACCAGACCAAAGCAGGUGGAGAGAGAGACAGGUGUGAUCAUCCCGUCGACAGCGCCGGUCUUUUCUCCUUCAUGACGUUUCAUUGGCUGACUCCUCUGGUGGUACACGCCCACCGGAAAGGACAGCUCUUAUUGGACGACAUCUGGCCUGUGUCACAGCGGGAGGGUUGCCAUGCCAACAGCCUGAGGCUCGCAGCUCUGUGGGAGGAAGAGCAGAGGUCAAAGGGCAGCGAGGCGUCUCUGUGUUCGGUGGUUUGGUCUUUCUGUCGGACUCGUCUCCUCCUGUCCAUCCUCUGUCUCACCGUCACUCAGCUGGCAGGAUUCAGUGGCCCGGCCUUUGUGGUGAAGCGUCUACUGGAGUACACCCAGCAGGAGGAGCCUGAGCUGGGCUACGGGCUGCUGCUGGUAGUGGGACUACUGGGCACCGAGCUGGUGCGGUCCUGGUCUCUGGCUCUGACCUGGGCCCUGAACUACAGGACGGGCAGCCGGCUGAGAGGAGCCGUCCUCAGCAUGGCGUUCCACAAGAUCCUGCGUCUCCGCAGCGUCAGGGACAAGUCCAUGGGACAGUUGAUCAACAUGUGUUCCAGUGACGGUCAGCGGAUGUUCGAGGCGGCGGCGGUGGGCAGUUUGUUGGCGGGGGGCCCACUGGUGGCGGUGCUGGGCGUGGCCUACAACCUGUUUAUACUGGGACCAACGUCUCUGCUGGGCUCAGCUGUGUUCAUCCUGUUCUACCCCACCAUGAUGUUCAGCUCCAGACUGACGGCGUACUUCAGGAGGAAGGGCGCUGCUGUCACCGACAGACGAGUGCAGAAGAUGAACGAGAUCCUCAACUACAUCAAGUUCAUCAAGAUGUACGCCUGGGUCAAAGCCUUCUCCCAGGACGUCCACAGGAUCCGCGGGGAGGAGCGCAGGAUCCUGGAGCUCACAGGUUACUUCCAGAGCAUCACGGUGGGCGUGGCUCCCAUCGUCGUCGUCAUCGCUAGCGUCGCAACGUUCUCCGCCCACAUGUUGCUAGGAUACGACCUGACAGCAGCUCAGGCCUUCACUGUGGUGACGGUGUUCAACGCCAUGACCUUUGCCCUGAAGGUCACACCGUUCUCUGUCAAGUCUCUAUCGGAGGCGUCCGUAGCCGUGGAGAGAUUCAAGAGUCUCUUCCUGUUGCCGGAGGUCGACAGCAUCCGUGCGUUGCCUGGUGAUCCUCAGGUUGCCGUGGAGAUGUGUGGAGUCAGUCUGGCGUGGGAUGGAGGCGGGCACAGCGCCCAGCCGAGUCCAUGUGUCCGGACAGCCAGCAGACACCAACACAGAGAGAAGUGCAGAGACAGAGUGGUUCUCCAGGAAGAGGAGGAGGAGCAGGAGGUGACUGGCUCCCUGCUGAGAGGAGGAGGAGGAGGAGGAGACAGAGCCUUGAGUCCAGAGGAAGAAGAGGGGGAAGAAGGUGGGGAGGGGGAGGCUUUACCUCCCCUCCUGACCAUCCCCUCUGUCUCACCGCGGCUUCAGAGCACCCUGCACAGCAUCAACCUGAGCAUCCAGCAGGGGCAGCUGGUCGGUGUCUGUGGGAGCGUUGGCAGUGGCAAAACCUCUCUGAUCUCCGCCAUCUUAGGACAGAUGAUUGUGUUGGAGGGCAGCGUGGCUGUCAGAGGAAGGCUGGCCUACGUGGCUCAGCAGGCCUGGAUCCUGAACACAACACUGAGAGACAACAUCCUGUUUGGACAGGAGUACCAGGAGGACAGGUAUCAGUCGGUGCUGAGCGCCUGCUGUCUCAGACCAGACCUUGCCCUGCUGCCCAACGCUGACCUCACAGAGAUUGGUGAACGUGGCGCCAACCUGAGCGGCGGGCAGCGCCAGCGAAUCAGCUUGGCCCGUGCCCUCUACAGUGACCGGGACGUUUACAUCCUGGACGACCCGCUCAGCGCCCUCGACGCCCACGUGGCCAAUCACAUCUUCCAUAACGGCAUCAGGAAGCAGCUUCGCCACAAGACCGUCAUCUUCGUCACGCACCAGCUGCAGUACCUGGUGGACUGUGAUGAUGUCAUCCUGAUGAGGGAGGGCAGUAUAGUGGAGCAGGGUAACCAUGACAACCUGAUGAAACUGAAUGGAGACUACGCUACCAUGUUCAACCACUUUCAGCUGGGAGACACUCCGUACAUAGAGGCUCCCAGCAGGAAGUCCGGCGGCUCUCAGAGGAAGCCAGCAGACAGUAAACCAGGAUCAGUGAAGAAGAAUGCGCCGGUCAUCAAAGACAACGGUAACACAGAACACUGUUACACCUGUUUUACUCUGAUCUGUUACUUUACUGUGUUUCACUGUUUCCUGUCAUGUGACACUGAAGGGGAGGAGCAGCAGUGUGGGGGCGUGGCCUGGCCUGUGUUCCGGCUGUACAUGGCGGCGUGCGGUGGCUCCGCCUCUUGCCUGCUGAUCCUGGCUUUGUUUGUUUUAAAUGUGGGAAGCUCCGCCUUCUGCCAGUGGUGGCUCAGCUACUGGAUCAACCAGGGCAGCGGGAACACGACGGUAACCGAGGGCAACAGCUCAACUGUGAGCGUGAGCAUGAAGGACAAUCCCAUGAUGCAACACUACGCCGCCAUCUACGCCUCCUCCAUGGGAGUCAUGCUGCUCUUCAAACUCCUCAGAGGCAUCGCCUUCGUCAAGGGAACGCUGCGCGCCUCCUCCAAGCUGCAUGAUGAACUCUACCAUAAGAUCCUCCGCUGCCCCAUGAAGUUCUUCGACACGACGCCCACAGGACGGAUCCUCAACCGCUUCUCCAAGGACAUGGACGAAGUCGACACUCGUCUGCCCUUCCAGGCUGAGAUGUUCAUCCAGAACGUGAUCCUGGUCUUCUUCUGCCUGGGCGUCAUCAGCUGUGUGUUCCCGUGGUUCCUGGCGGCGGUUGGUCCUCUGGUGUUGAUGUUCGCCGCGCUGCACAGCGUCUCCAGAGUCUUCAUCCGGGAGCUGAAACGCCUGGACAACGUGACGAUGUCACCCUUCAUGUCCCACAUCACCUCCAGCAUCCAGGGCCUGUCCACGCUGCAGGCCUACGACCGGGGGCGGGACUUCCUGCACAGGUACCAGACUCUGCUGGACCAGAACCAGGCUCCAUUCUACCUGUUCAGCUGUGCGAUGCGCUGGCUGGCGGUGCGGCUGGACGUCAUCAGCGUAGCUCUGAUCAGCAUCACGGCCCUGAUAAUGGUCCUGAUGCACGGGCAGAUCCCCCCCGCCUACGCCGGCCUCGCCAUCUCCUACGCCGUGCAGUUAACGGGGUUGUUCCAGUUCACGGUGCGUCUGGCGUCUGAGACUGAAGCUCGCUUCACCUCUGUGGAGAGAAUCCACCACUACAUCCAGUCUCUGUCCCAGGAGGCCCCGGCCCGGGUCAAAGGUCGCGCCCCUCCGGCUGACUGGCCUCAGGAGGGGGAGCUGGUGUUCAGGGAGGUGGAGAUGAGGUACCAGGAGAACCUCCCUCUGGUUCUGAGCAGGGUCUCCUUCACCGUCCGGCCUAAAGAGAAGGUCGGCAUCGUCGGACGCACCGGAUCAGGGAAGUCGUCUCUGGGCGUGGUGUUGCUCAGGCUGGUGGAGCGCUGCGGAGGCUCCAUCCUGAUCGACGGCGUCGACAUCAGCGACAUCGGACUGGCUGACCUCCGCAGCAAGCUGUCAAUCAUCCCCCAGGAUCCGGUGCUGUUCAGCGGGACAGUCAGGUUCAACUUGGACCCGUUUAACCAGUACACAGAGGAGCAGAUCUGGGAGGCUCUGGAGAGAAGUCACAUGAAGGAAUGUGUGUCCCAGCUGCCCCUGAAGCUGGAGUCGGAGGUGGUGGAGAACGGAGAAAACUUCUCAGUGGGAGAGAGACAGCUGCUGUGCGUCGCCAGAGCGCUGCUGAGACAGUGCAAGGUGCUGAUCCUGGACGAGGCCACGGCCGCCAUGGACGCCGAGACGGACGCUCUGAUCCAGGAGACGAUCCGCAGCUCGUUCCAGGACUGCACCACCCUGACCAUCGCUCACCGCCUGCACACGGUGCUCGCCUCAGACCGCAUCAUGGUGCUCAACCAGGGACAGGUGGUGGAGUUUGACGCGCCGUCCAGGCUGCUGGCCAAUGAGAACUCUCGGCUGUGCUCCAUGAUGGCCGCCGUGGAAAACAAGAUCUCUGUCCGAGGAUGAAGAAGAAAGAAGAGGAAGAGGAAGGUUUCCAGGUGACGCCAUGUUGGAAGUCCUCACUUCAAUAAGACCUGAUGUGAGGAGGUGCUGUCACUGUUCCUGUACUGUAUAUUUAACAUUAGAGAGACAAAACUCUGCACAUAUAUUUACAGCAGACCUGCUCUGACUUUUAGAAUAUAAAUCUAUACAUAAACUAAUAUAUUCAUAAACUCAGAGUCUGCUCUGAAUCAUCGAUGUGUCGUCAUCAUCACUGACUUACUGUUGCUUUUUUGCAACAUGAAGACAUUUUUCUGUGUAAUAAUGUUUGUUUUUUUCUCUGUUAGGUGACCUGAUAUGAACAGGUCUGUGUUUUUAACAUGUUUGAUGAUAAACUCAGUUUGAGUUUCUCUGAUGAUCGGCACCGUGUGUUUGGACUGAUUUUAUUAUACUGUCAAAAUAUUCAUAAGCGUUUUACAGAGUCUUCAAACUGUUUAUUUAGUCUGGACUGUCCAAGUAUUCACUUCUCUGUUACUGUCAUUUAUAAUUCUGUCAAUCAUCUCAGCUCUUCUGUGAAUCAGCAGCUGCUCGAGUCAAGAGACGAGACUCAAACCCGUCUCCUCAGGUUGCUGAUAUACUUGCUUUUUACCGACACGUACACAGACGGCAGCUGUUCAUAUACUUGCUUGUGUACUUUGUGUAUAACAGGACUGUAUUUCACCAGCUGAUCAUAAAUCCAUCACUCAGUU